AUGCCUUUCUUCCAAGCUGCUAAGCUGCUGGUGCAAGCAAUUGUGAUCUGUGGCAGCCUUAUGGUGGUUCAAUGCCUGAAUUUCAGUUAUCCAUCAUUCAGCACUGCAGAUGCCAAUGAUUUUGUUUUUCUUAAUUCCUCGAUCAUCAGGAAUACCAUUCAAGUCAGUCCUGUUAUCGCGGAUGCAUCCGGAAGAAUCCUGUAUAGCCAACCACUUAAACUGUGGGACAAGCUAAGAGGCACUAAGUCAUCAUUUAGCUCAACCUUUGUGAUUAACAUCAGACCGCAGAGCACUCCUGGCGGCGAGGGACUAGCCUUCAUAUUAACUGACAGUGCGACCCUCCCAAGCAAUAGUGCAGGUCAGUGGCUUGGGAUUGUAAAUGUAAAUACCAUCAAUGUCAACAGCAUAGUUGCUGUGGAAUUUGAUACUAGGAAGAGUGAUUCAGAGGAUGUAGAUGAUAACCAUGUUGGAGUCGAUCUGAAGAGCAUCUACUCCAUCAAGCAAGAACCCUUAAUAGGCCACGGUGUUAAUCUUUCAAGUAGUGAAGAUAUCACCGCUACCAUCCAGUAUGAUUCAAAAUCCGACAAAAUGACUGUUUUUGUUGUGUUAACUAGAACAAGUGAACAGAACAUGGGGAAUCCAAUUUUCACUGUGGAGCUUGAUCUGUCUAAACACCUUCCAGAGGAUGUUUUUCUGGGAUUUUCAGGUUCAACACGAGAGGAUAUCCAGGUCAAUGCUCUGAGGUCAUGGAAGUUCACCAGUUUUGAAAUUAGAGUUAAAGGUUCAGUCAAUCUUCUUUGGCUUUGGAUCUUGAUUCCAACAAUUGUGAUCAUUUUGUUUGGUGGAUUCCUAAAUCGGAGACACAAAAACAGUAUGAAACAAAAGGAGGAUGACGAGAAGGAGAUUGAACAAGAAAUUCAAAGGUCAUCCACUGCUCCUCAGAAGUUCAGAUUGAAGGAACUUAAAGCUGCCACGAGUAAUUUCAGUGCUAAUAACAAACUGGGUAGUGGAGGACUUGGCACAGUCUAUAAAGGACUUUUGAGAAAGGAGGAGGUAGCUGUGAAAAGAAUUCUAAAGAAUACACGACAUGGAAAGCAGGAUUUUAUAGCAGAAGUGACCACCAUCACCAACCUCCACCACAAGAACCUUGUUAAACUAUUGGGUUGGUGCUAUGAAAGCGAUGAACUCCUCGUUUAUGAGUUCAUGCCAAAUGGGAGUUUAGACAGGUUCGUAUUUGGGAAUACAAUUCCAAGCAAUGCGGAUACAACUCUGAAAUGGGAAACAAGGUACAAUAUCAUUUGUGGAGUAGCCAGGGCGCUGGACUAUCUCCAUAAUGGUUGCGAGAAAAGGGUUAUUCAUCGAGACAUAAAAGCUAGUAACAUAAUGUUAGAUUCAGACUUCAAAGCCCGAUUGGGAGAUUUUGGACUGGCCCGAACAGUUCAAUUGAAUGAGAAAACGCACCAUUCAACCAAGGAGAUUGCAGGAACACCUGGCUACAUGUCUCCAGAAAGUUUUCGUACCGGUAAGGCAACUGUCGAAACUAAUGUCUAUGCAUUCGGAGUACUUAUACUGGAAGUUGUCUCUGGGAGAAAACCUGGGCAUCAAAAUGAGCAAAACAACUACUACAGAAGCAUCGUAGAGUGGGUAUGGGAACAUCAUAGGAUGGAACAAAUCACUGAUGUCAUAGAUCUUCGAUUAAACAAAGAUUUCCAUGAGGAUCAAGCAAGGUGCAUACUUAUGUUGGGGCUGGCCUGUUGCCAUCCAAACCCAUUUGAGAGGCCCUCUACGAGAACUGCUUUGCAGGUUCUUACAGGGGAAGUAGCUGCACCAGCUGUGCCUACUGAAAAGCCUGCUUUCAUGUGGCCUGCCGCGCCUCCAGUCAUUAGAGAAGAGAUGGACAACUCCAUCACCGGAGCGGCCGCCACAUCCGUUCUUCCCGGCGGCCCUUCUUCAUCUGCGCUCCAGUUCGUCGCUCUUUCUCUUGCUCUUUUCAAAAUGACUUCUCUGCUUAAAGUCUCUGCCAAUGGGUUUCGGUCGGAGAAGUUACCGUCGUUAUCUAAAGGCAACAGAAGACAAGGUGUUGUUGCAAAGAAAGCAGCUUUUGGUAAAAUCCCAGUGGCAAUGUCCUUAUCCAUGUCUACCACAGCCGUCCAACAUAACCAAAAAUCAACUUCCCUGGACCUUGCCAUCCCGAUCAUGGUAAAUAGUUGUACUGGAAAAAUGGGAAAGGCUGUUAUCAAAGCAGCAGAUUCUGCUGGACUUCAUAUUGUUCCUGUGUCUUUUGGUGCUGAGAAGGAGUCUGGGCAAACUAUUGAAAUGUGUGGCAAAGAGAUUCUGGUCCAUGGCCCUUCUGAAAGAGAAAGCGCCCUUGCUUCUGUCUUUCACGAGUAUCCAAACCUGGUUGUGGUAGACUACAGUGUGCCUGCCACAGUUAAUGAUAAUGCUGAGCUAUAUUCCAAAGUUGGUGUGCCUUUUGUUAUGGGAACCACUGGUGGAGACAGGGAUCGACUGUAUAAGACUGUUGAAGAUUCAAAUGUUUAUGCUGUGAUCUCACCACAAAUGGGGAAACAGGUUGUUGCCUUUCUUGCAGCCAUGGAGAUCAUGGCUAAGCAAUUUCCUGGAGCCUUCUCUGGAUAUUCUCUGCAGGUGAUGGAGUCCCAUCAAGCAAGCAAACUGGAUACCUCGGGGACUGCCAAGGCUGUAAUAUCUUGCUUUCAGAAGUUGGGGGUGUCAUUUGACAUGGAUCAGAUACAAAUGAUCCGCGAUCCCAAGCAGCAGAUCGAGAUGGUGGGAGUUCCAGAAGAGCAUUUAGCUGGUCAUGCUUUUCAUUUCUAUCAUCUGACAUCACCUGAUGAAACGGUUUCAUUUGAGUUUCAGCAUAAUGUUUGUGGCAGGUCCAUAUAUGCCGAGGGUACUGUUGAUGCUGUACUUUUCCUUGCUAAGAAGGUCCUCUUUAAGGGGAUGACUGCCACAUGCUCGGCCAAUAAUAGGUUCAGUCAAAGGCCGACAAGCGCAUCUACAAUAUGAUUGACGUCUUGCGGGAAGGUAACAUGCGAUAAUAUGGUGUUUCUAUGCAUUUUGUUGUAUCUCAAGAUGUUUAGGAUUAUGAGACAUAAGGAAGGCAAUUUUGCAUCAAGGGUGUCGGUCUUUUUCGUUCUUUAUAGUUAGUUGUUAGUGUUAGUGUAAGAAGCACAAGAUGAUGAUGUUGAAAGCAUAAUUAUUAAACAGUGGCUACAGUGAUUGGUAAUGCCACUAAAGCAGGCUUUGAUCGUACCAGAGAUGGGUUUGCUUGCAAAUUUACUCCCUCCGUUGCACAAGUAGUCAAGUAAUAUUUUUGUCUGAUGUUUUACCAA